UAACGAGUAGUUUCAAAUUAGUUUUCACUUCAAAUAUUCUGAUCCAAGUAUACUGUUUGAAUAUUUAAAAUGUAUUCGAAAAAUGCCAUACUAUUAUUUUGCGUGGCAUUAUACUUUUUGCAAUGUCGUGGUACUCCUCCAACUCAAGAACAAUAUGAAACUACUAAAAACAUUAUAGAGGCAUAUGAAAAUCCAUAUGGCACAGACGUCGAAGAAAAUGGCGAUCGGACCAUAAACUUGAAAGGUCUAAAAGAUAUCUUUGUAAAAGUAGCACAGCGAAUGAACAUACGCAAAGAACCUCCCAGUCUUGAACAAUUGCAAACGACAGGAUUAAACUAUAAAUACACAUUGGUGGAAGUUCAAAGAUACGUCGCUAAAUACUUAGGUUAUGCGGAAUUAAGUCAGGGAUUAUCGGCAUGGGUAAGACUACUAUACUGUAUGUAUGAAAAGCCAGUGAUAAACUAUCCAGAAUUAAAAGAUCUACUUAGCCAAAUACAGGUAAGUAAUCCAAAUAGGACUGCCGAAUUUCCAUAUCUUGAAGAAUCGAAAACGGCAAUACCGUACAAAUGGGAAAAUUCAAUUUCAGAACACGUCAAGUUUACUAGGAAUGAAGUUGAAUUCAUCGUCAUUGGUUAUUAUUUUCCUAAAUAGUUUGUUUUAAUUAUAAAAUAAAUAAAUAUGUUAAUAUUAUUAAAUAUGUUAAUAUUUUAUUAAAUAAAUAUGGUUAUGUAUGUAGUUAGUCAUAUACAAAUGUAGUUUUGUUUAAACAAUAAAUCAUUUUGCUCUAUAA